GAAUGCGUCGGGAAGUUGUGAGCGUUGGAGGGGUUUGUGUUGGUCCAAGGACUGGGGAGCUCUGAAAGGAGAGGAAGAAGCUGCUCAGACAACCCCAGGUGAUGGGGAUCAUGUUUUCCGUUCCUGUCGCGGAGCCACUCGACAUUAGGGCAAUCCAUCAGGCAGAGAGCCAUGCCAGGAAAUCGAAAACUUUUGUGCUGAGGAACGCGAAGCUGCCCGCGUGUCCUCGACGUUUGCCCUUCAUGCCGAAGCUGAGAGAGGUGGACUUGAGCUCCAACAGGAUUGUAGAGAUGCCAUUUGAGAUCGGUCGGCUGUACAAGUUAGAGAGUUUGAACCUGUCUCAGAACUUUUUGUCAAAACUGCCGAGCAGCAUCGGAGACUGCGUUGCUCUCAAAGAAAUCAUCGUCAGCAACAACGUCAUUGAUGUUAUUCCUGAACAACUGGGGCAACUGAAAUUGUUGGAGCAAUUGGACCUCUCCCACAACAGAUUGGUUGAGAUUCCUUCUGCUUUGAAAAAUUGCGUUUCGCUCUUGUACCUCAACGUUGGAGAAAACUUGAUCGAGGAGCUCCCGCCGGAACUGAGCGGAUUGGGCAAGUUGGUUGAAUUCAACGUGUCAUUCAACAAGAUAGAAAUGAUUCCGGAAGAGUUUGGUGAGAUGUCAUCACUGCAGAAACUAGACAUCAGAGGCAACCCGAUACCAACAUUACCAGAACCGCUGCUACGAGACACGUCCCUCAACCGCCUGUACACACACGGCUGCCCGGUUCACGACACCUUGAAGCAGCAGGGUGGCUAUGCAGUCUUUAACGAACGCAAGAUUCGGAGAAUCAAAGCACGUGGUUGGCCUCCGGUUCCUGACCCUGGGAAGUUGAAGGGCUGGGGAGAAGAUUGAUGAAAUGUUAAUGUGAAAGAUUAACAGCUCAGGAGCAGUUACCCCUGUACACAUUGGUCUAGAAUCAAAUUGAUCCAUGUACAUAGUCGACUAUGAUGAAAUAGCAAUGAAUUCUUGUCAGUUUG